AUGAGGACGGUAGGAGUCGUUGUUCUUCUCGUAUGCGUAGCAAAUGUCAUCGGCACAGAGAAGAAGGUUGACAAACUGCAGAUAGGUAUCAAGAAGAGAGCAGAGUCGUGCGAAACAAAAUCGAGGAAAGGCGAUGUUCUGCACAUGCAUUACACUGGUACUCUUUUGGACGGGACAGAAUUUGACUCAAGUCGCACUCGAAAUCAAGAGUUCACCUUCACAUUAGGAAUGGGACAGGUAAUCAAAGGUUGGGAUCAGGGACUUUUGAACAUGUGUGUUGGAGAACGUCGUAUUCUCACUAUUCCUGCUCAUCUCGCUUACGGGGAACGUGGAUCUCCUCCAAAAAUACCUGCUAACGCUCCCCUAAAAUUCGACGUUGAACUAUUGAAGAUCGAUCGUAAGGGAGAGCUGUAG